CUACAUCAUCACUUCUACCAUAUCUAACAAUUCACAUGCAAAGUAUAGGCUUAACAAUUGAAGAAAUCGCCAUAAUUUAUUUAGCACUGCCGUUUACGACGUUUUUAAGCCCUCCGCUUACAGGUUUUUUGGUGGAUAAGUUUGGCAAGUACAAACCAGUCGUAGUUAUGAGUUUACUGCUAAAUGCAGUUUUUCAUCAUUCAUUGAUGAUGAUACCACAACAAGAAAUACCCGGUGCUGUGCCGAAAGCUUAUGUCAUGAAGCAUCCGAUGACAAACGCUGUUGAGGUCUGGUGGUCACCAUGUCCAAGUCGCGAGUGUCCAGAAGAGGAAGGAAUUGAUAUUGUUGUUGAUCAGUGUUUAGAUCAUUGUUUAUUGCUCGAACAAAAUCCGAAAAUUGAAAUAAUUGCACCGCCAACAAAAAGCCCGAUGCGACCACCGGUUACAGAAGAUAAUGGAGACAUUGACGAUCUUAACUUCCAUUUGAGCAAACAUAAGCAUAAAGACAUCAAAGGUCAUUAUUCAUCAACAACAACGUACUCAUCAACUACAGAACCGCCGACGACGACGAGUAAACUAAAUGAAACGCUUGAGAAUCAAAAUGUAACGAGUGAAGAAGAAGGAGGUUGGGUGCUAGCAGAUGCAGAUGAUGCGGCACAUUUUCUACUUGACCUGCAUCCGUAUCUUGGUCCUCCAAAAGAAAAUCUUGGUAUUGUUGUCGAACAAGACGAUAACGAAACGGUGACUGACUUCAAAACCAGAUUCGGUGAAAAAUUGCUCUGGGACAAUUUUGUAAAUGUGACUGAACUUGAAGAAGGUGAUCUACGAUGUGGCGGUUUGGUUGUAUUAACAAAUAUGUCCGGCAUCAGUAAUAAUCGCUUGAAUGAGUUGGCGGCCGAUUGUAUGGUUCAAGAAUGUGCGUUUAGACAUGGUGGCCCCGAGAUGUGUCCGUAAGUGGUGUCUAUGUCU